CUUGGAUCUUUAAAACCCCAUUUUACAGAGGUUGAUAUUGCAACAGCACGUAUUCGUUUUAGUUUUGUGCGCUUCGCUGUCCGUUCCGCCUGACGCACCAAUUCAGCGCAUUUUCCAGGAGAGCUCAUUGUGAGAUCGCAGGUCGGGAGGAUGACAGCUCGAGCAUAUUUCUCGUUGAUCGCCGUUUUAUCGUGUCUGUUCGGAUACUUGAGCAUAACUCGCGCUAUUCAAAGGCGAACCACAGUGGAUGGUUUGUGUCCGGAGAGGCUGACGGUCGUGCCGUCUGGUCGAGGAUGCGCUUCUGAUGAAGACUGCCCUGGAGGACACCAAUGCUGUCGAUUUGACUCUGGGCCUGUUUGCGUGCUGCCUGUUUUCAUGAAGCCUGGUCACUGCCCCAUACCGGAGAUGAUUCCACUGUGUGCUGAAAGCUGUUUCCAUGAUGGCCAGUGUCCUGCCACACAGAAAUUUUGCCCAACCACUGGUGGCUUUGCAUGCAGUGAACCACGUGGUCCGGGAAGAGGUCAGGCAAGAUGCCAGGGAAGCGGUUAUGGCCAGGGCCAGGGCAGCGGUCGUGGCAGAAUCGAUUUUGCUUGA